CUUCACCGAGCUCUGCUGCACUGGACGCGGGUAUAGAUGCCAGUCUGGGAGCGGGUGCAGGGCACAGAGUGAAUUCAUCGAGGCGGGUACCACCGGGUGCAGGAAUGUCCGAGGUUAGUCUCGAGGUACGGAGGGAGCGGUCGGACCUGGAGGAGGAGGCGGGUUCUAACGAUACGAUGACUGAGGUGGAUAUAAGUGACGGUAUCGGUGAUAGAACCCAGCAGAUGGGGAACGGUGAUGAUGAUGAUGAUGAUGAUGAUGGUGGUGGUGCAGAACCGAACCCGCGCUCUGAUAACGGAGCUCAGACGGUUCGUUCUGAUCCCAGAUCAGCCAGAGCUGAACCAGUCCAGGAUUUAAAGGUGACGAUGGCGGAUGAGGCCUGCAGGGGUCCGGCUGAAAUUUCGGUCACCAGCAACGGAGACGCAGAGAGCGACCGGGGAGAAACCUUUCAUCAGAACCCAUCACAUGGCUCAUCCUCGUCUGGACCGACUCACGUCCACAGCGCACCGGAGGCGUAUGGCAGCGUGACCGAGGGCGUGGAGGACGUGGGACCCUUUACAGGUGCUGGUGAUGAAGAGCAGCAGAACAGUGGCGCUGUGGUCCUAUCUGAUGACCUGAAGAGCCCGGCCAUGGAGAAGCUGGACCUGGUCCGCAAGUGGAGCAUCAACACCUACAAAUGCACUAAGCAGAUCCUGUCGGAGAAGCUGGGCCGAGGCUCUCGAACCGUGGACCUGGAGCUGGAGGCUCAGAUCGACAUCCUGAGGGACAACAAGCGCAAGUACGAGCAGGUGGUGAAGCUGGCACAGACGCUGGCCAGUCAGCUGGCACAGAUGUUGCAGACGCAGCGCCAACUGGGCGACGCCUUCGCCGACCUGAGCCAGAAAACGCCGGAACUGCACGAGGAGUUCGGGUUUAAUGCCGAGACCCAGAAGCUUCUGUCCCGGAACGGUGAGACUCUGUUGGGAGCGAUUCAGUUCUUCAUCUCCAGCGUCAACACGCUGAUCGAUAAAACCAUCGAGGACACCAUGAUCAACAUCAAACAGUACGAAGCAGCCAGGGUCGAGUAUGACGCGUACCGUACGGAUCUGGAGGAGCUGAACCUCGGCCCCCGGGACGGCACCACCCUCCCUAAAAUCGAGCAGUCUCAGGCCCAGUUUCAGGUCCACCGUGAGAAGUACGAGAAGAUGCGCAGCGACGUCGCCGUCAAACUCAAGUUCCUGGAGGAGAACAAGGUGAAGGUGUUGCACAAUCAGCUGGUUCUGUUCCAUAACGCCAUGGCUGCGUAUUUCUCCGGUGACCAGAAACAUCUGGAACAAACACUCAAACAGUUUCACAUCAAGAUGAAGAUACCUGGAGCGGACACGCCCUCCUGGCUCGAGGAACACUGAUCCCCCAAAAAACCCCCCCUGUACACUCCUGAGGACACUAAACCUGUUCAGUCCAGUACGGAGGAAACCACCAGGCUCCAAACUAAACUGCUCCUGUAUCUUUUCUACCUUUUUUAAAUGAAAAGCUUCUAUUUUUGUGGAGUUUUUUACUCUUCAGGCACUUUGUGUUGAUCCGACAAAUCAAAAACGCUGCAAAGAAUCGAUAUGAACUCCUGAUUACAGCAGAAUUAUUACGUUUAUUUAUUUAUAAACGUGUUUACAGUGACGAGCGAGCGAGUUCAGCUCCCGCCGAGCCUCAACACACUUUACAAUUAUUAUAAACCCUCAAUAUUACACCUUUUAUUGAUGAAUAAAAACAUUUUGGGGAGUAAAAAACUGUCAGCUCAGUGAAUUUACUUCUUAAAAUAAUCAUUAAAAUAAUUUGCUGUUCUUUAAUUAUUAAUUUAUUGUGCUGUAUUGUGUAAUUAUUAUUAUUAUUAUAAUUAAAUGUAAUAAAAUAAAAAUAAAUUACUGAUAUUAUGAAUAAUAUUUAAAAUAAUAAUAACGGUGAUGAUAAUAACAUCAAUAUCAAUAAUAAAAUAAAAUGAAAUUAAAUUAAAAGUAUUAGCAAUAAAAAAAUUCCUCAAAAAAUAAUCAUUACAAAUAAUUUGCUGUUUUUCAGGCUGUUUAAAAUAAAACAUCAUGCUUUUGCAGUGUAAGUAAAUAAUAAAAAUAAAAAUAGGAUGAAUGUAACAUGAGAUGUGAGGGAGUAAAAUCAUCCGAAGCUCGAUCCUCAUUUUCUCUUCACCUGCUGGAUUAGCACCAGUUACUUUAUUACCUCCCUGUUUUCAUGUUCUCGACCAAACACACGUUAUUAAUAUUAUCGUAAGAACGACUGAAUGAAUCUGAAAGUGUCGAUAUACAGAAUUUCGAACAUCCUGGACACAGAACCGAAUCUGUGGAGCGCUUCCUCAUGUUCAGGUUCAGACAGGAUUUAUUUUUCUACCCAGACGUGCCUUUUUCUGCCUGACCAGAACCUUCACACCGACACCCUCCUGAUCUGAACCUGACAUUUAAUCAGCGCACAGCGUACAGAGCAGCUGCACUCCGACCAAAUUCAUUCACGUAAAAAGAUUUCUAUUUUUUUAUAUAGAAUUUACUGAGCAUUCCAGCCUGGAACUGUUUCAUACAUCACAGGAAACCUGGUGGAGUUUAGAAACUAAAAUAAAAAAAUACCUGACUAUUAAAGACCAGAUUAUAAACAUCAGACUAUAUAGACAUAAAUAAUAAUAAAUCACUUUCACUCUUUCUUAUUUGGUUUUCACGUUUCCUCUCUGUCUAAAUGAUUCUGAAUGUUUUUCUCUCUGGACGGAACGUUUAAUAUUUGCAUUAUUACGACAUCAAUAUCAAAUAUUAUUGUGUUAUUAUUACUGUCAGCAGCAGCUUUUAUGUUUAUAGUUUUGUGUGUGAACUGAUCCUGAUCUUCACGCUCAGGUUUAUAGAAAUAAAUCUCUGAAUAUAAAA